AUGAAAGUACUUGGCCUGCUGAUCGUGAUGGUUGGGUUUUUCCGCCACGUUGACGCACAGUUUCCGAGGGUGUGUACCAACGAUGCCUCAUUGGAGAGUAAGGUGUGCUGUCCCAUUCCGAAGGGCUUCACCGAGCCGUGCGGUGGGCCUGGGCGGGGCCAAUGCGCCAACACCCCCGACCCCACCGUGGAAGACCCAGCCUGGAAGUACGCGUACCAAGUGGACGACCGGCGCCACUGGCCGAUGGUGUUCUUUAACAGAACCUGUGCGUGUGAGGGCAACUUCAGCGGGCACGACUGCACAAAGUGUACCUGGGGAUACCGUGGGCCGGACUGCAAUAUAAAACAGCCGCCAGCUGUGCGCAGGAACAUUCGGGACCUUAGCGCUCAAGAGAAAAAGACGCUCCAGCGCUACUUUGACCGCGCGAAGAACACUACCAGCGACUUCGUCUACGCUCUGGAGUUCAGAGAUAACAUCAGGGGAAGCGAAGACUUCGCCAAUGUCUCAGUGUGGGACUUCUUCGUGGCGGCGCACUACUACGCCAGCCGCGCAACCACGCCGCCCUUCAAUACAGGUAUCUGUAAGACGGAGGAGGACUGUUCCCUGGACUUCGCUCACGAAGGCGCCGGAUUUCCUACUUGGCACCGCGCGUACCUGCUGGAGUUUGAUCGGGCCGUGCAAGAAGUCAACAACGAUCCCGACUGGACCUUGCCGUACUGGGAUUGGGGCGCAGCGGAGGACAACCAGUGCGACAUCUGCACCAACGAGUACGUCGGCGCCAACGAUGCGGACGGCAACCUGGACUCGAGGUCUGUCUUCGCCAGCUGGGGGACCAUCUGCGCUCACCUAAUCCCGUUCGACGUCGCCACCCACAGGAACCACACCAGACCGUGCAAUGUGACCGAAGUGCUAGGAAAGCUGAAAAGGAACCCCGGGAAAGCGGACACGGACAGCCUCGGGGAGUCAAUGAGUCGCCUACCCCUGGCGACCGAGGUGGACUUCGCCCUUCGUUUCCCAACGUACGUCACGCCUCCUUACAGCAGGACCUCUAACUGCAGCUUCCGGAACCUGCUGGAGGGGUUUCGCCGACACCAGCACCGGCAAGUACCGGCCUACCAUAACAUACGACAACGGUACACGGGUCUCUGGAGCUCACACCAUGCAUAACCAAGUGCACAUUUACCUGAACGGCACGAUGUCUCACGUCCCCUCCGCAGCGAACGACCCCACCUUCUUCCUGCACCACUGUAACGUCGACCGCUUGCUGGAGACGUGGAUUCGUCGAUACGGGGCUUCUUACUCGGCUCAGCCGGCGACAGGAGCCUCACCUGGCGAAAACCGCUAUGAGCACAUCGUGCCGUUCUUCCCGCCAUACAGCCACGCUGACAUGUUCAAACCGUCCACAGAGUUAGGCUACGACUACCAGGAGCUUCACGGAGAAGGGAUGGAUGGAGGGAGCGACCUGGGAGAGUGCAGUGCACCGCACCCGGAAGGCGUGUCUCCGGGUGUGAUCGGGAUGGGAGUUGGCAUUGCGUUAGGGCUUGUGCUUCUUCUUGCCGUUGCCGGUCUGUUGU